AUGUCCGAGAAACAAGUUGCGCUCUCCACCGCCGCCCCCAAUGUCCAGCAUUGCGAAGGCAAGACCAAUGACGACGUCGACUUCCGGCACAGCAACGAAGAGAAAGGCCUUCGAUUAGAUGAAGCCCAGGCACAGGCGGAUUACUCUGGUGCUAGGGCCAAGACUGAUGCCAAAGAGAUCGCUCUUGUUCGGAAGCUUGACAGGCGUAUCUUGCCCAUGCUCUGCAUUAUGUACUUUCUUAAUUACCUAGAUCGAACUGCCAUCGCUUCGGCGAGGUUGAAUAACCUUGAAAAAGACUUGAAUCUCAAGGGAAACCAGUACAAUACUUGCAUUUCCAUUCUGUUUGUCGGCUAUCUCCUCUUCCAGCUGCCAUCGAACAUGCUCAUGGCCUCAUCUCAUGUUCGACCGUCUACAUACAUGGGAAUUUGCAUGGCUAUUUGGGGUGUCACCUCGGGUUUGACUGCUGCUACGAACAAUUACAUCGGACUCUUGAUGGUUCGGUUCUUCCUUGGAAUUGCUGAAGCUCCUUUCUAUCCUGGUGCUCUGUUUCUGCUUUCGAUCUUUUACACCCGCAAGGAAAUCGCCGCAAGAAUGGCAAUUCUCUAUUCAGCCAACAUCCUCGCCACUGCAUUCUCGGGACUCAUUGCUGCUGCGACCUUCUCGACUAUUGAUGGAGCCCAUGGCAUUGCUGGCUGGAGAUGGCUCUUCAUCAUUGAAGGUAUCAUUACCGUCGUUAUGGCCCUCCUCUCGAUCCCCAUCCUUCCCGACCAUCCCUCCACAACGAAAUGGCUCACGGAAGAAGAACGGAAACUCGCCCACGACAGAAUCAGCCGCGACACAGUCCAGGAAGCAUCUCACACUAGCAACUGGGAAAGUCUGAAAUUAGCUUUCGGUGACCCUCGCCUCUAUGUCCUCGCCCUGAUGCAGAACCUCCACCUCUCGGCCAACGGAUUCACCAACUUCUUCCCCACAGUCGUCGGCACCCUCGGAUUCAACCGCACCGUUACUCUCCUCCUUACCGCUCCGCCGUUUGUCCUCUCUGCCGUUGUCGGCCCUCUAUACGGAAUCAACUCCGGGAAGUUCAACGAACGCUCAUGGCACAUCACAGGAGGAAUGGGUCUCUCGAUGGCAGGCUUCAUAAUCGCGGCCUCGACGCUCAACACAGCAGCUCGAUACAUUGCGUGCUUCUGCUUCGCUGUUGGAGUGUAUGCGGUUAACUCUUGCAUUCUGGGUUGGGUGUCCGCUACACUAGGGCAGACCAUGCAGAAGAAGGCGAUUUCGCUGGGUUUCGUGAAUAUGGUAGCGAAUGCGUCGUAUAUCUAUACGCCAUACCUCUAUCCCUCUGGGGAUGGUCCCAGGUACACGAUGGCUAUGGGAACGGAAGCUGGGUUUGCGGGGGGCGUGAUUAUCUGUGUUUGGGUGUUGAGGUUCUGGCUGAUGGCGACAAAUCGAAAGCUGAAGAGGACCGGCGAGGGUGGUGGGCUGCUGUAUGCGUAUUAG